CCCGGCGCGGCCAGGGCGCCACCGAGGUCCCGGGCCCUGAGGAGGUGCAACCUGAGGCUCCUUUGCAAACGCCUACGCCGCCAGCUCACUUCUCUCUCAAGGAGGAAUCACGUGGAGCAGGACUCUCCCCCGCCCUAGACCGCCGGAGCCACGCACCACCAGACGGGGUCCCAGUGCGCGUGCGCGCAGACUCGCGGCUCCGCCCCUCCCGGCAGGUCCCAGAAGGCCCAGCGUGCCAGUUUCCAGGGCAACGCGUCAGCGCCGGGAGGCCGCUGGGUUAGCGCUGCAGCCGGAGCCGCGCGCAACAGGUUUUUUGAAAUAUAUUCUUUUCUUAAAAAGAGACCAAAACAUGUCAAAAACCACUCCCCUGGCGAGCUCAUAAAUACUGCAGUGUGGCGAACCCUCCGCCCAGAGCACACAGGUGAGCUCCGCACAUCUUAGGAACGUCUGGGAAGGAACAACAGGUUGUUCACCAUGUCACUGGCUGAUCCCACAGAAAGGACUCUAGAUGGACACCUCCCCAGCGUGGCCCUAGAGAGCAGCAGGAGGUCUUCGAAAUAUGAGGACCACAGCCCAGGUUUCCCCGGGAACGGGAACGCCUCGGAUAAGAGCGUUGAUUACAGCAGAUCCUGCUCCUGCAGAAGCUCGAGUUCUCACUACGAUUACUCAGAAGACUUUCUGUCUGAAUGUUCAGACACUGCAGUUAACAGAAAUGACUUAGAGAAGGCUGUCGUAAAAGGGAAAAAGGAAAAGAAAAAGUAUCCUGUUUCUAAAGUUGACAGGUGGCCUUAUUACAGAGCACCACAGUACUGGGAUUUCCCGGGCUUCUUGCCUUUCAUCUCAGCUGACGAAUCAAGGUUUGAGGCGCCCAUGAAGCCUAACUCUCUGUCUCGGCACCCCAAGAAGAUGGCCUUCGAGUCCGGCCAGAAGGAAAUCUCAGCUGAAAAAAAGCACCACUGGAAUGGACCCUUUUCAAAUUCUCAACUCAGUGUGGCUGCCCUCAGAAGAGGCACCAUGGCUCACCGCCUGCUCUCAGCGAGGCUGCAUAAAAUUAAGGAGCUGAAAAAUGAAUUAGCUGAUAUACAUCGCAAGCUGGAAGCCACCGUCCUAGAAAACCAAUUUCUGAAACAACUUCAGCUUAAGCACUUGAAAGCUAUAGGAAAAUAUGAGCAUUCACAAAAUAACCUACCUCAAAUUAUGAUUAAACAUCAGAACGAAGUAAAAAAUUUAAAGCAGCUCCUUAGAAAAUCCCAGGGAAAGGAAAGAACUGUGUCUAGGAAACUUCGAGAAACAGACAUUGAGCUGCUGAAGACUAAAGAUGCCUUGCAGUUCCUGCAGAAGCUUUCUGAAGACAAAAAUCUUGCAGAGAGGGGAGAACUUACUCAAAGAUUGUCUGUUGUCACAGCAAAAAUGGAGGCAAAUGACAAAAAAAUACAGAGCUUGGAGAAACAACUGAAACUGAAAAAUAAAGCCUUUACUCGGCAGUUGGCCUCUGAGAACCAGAAGACUUUAGAAGCUCAAGCAGCUACAAAGACUCUGCAAACAGAAGUAAAGCACCUUCUACAAAAACUUAAGGAGAAGGAUCGAGAGCUUGACAUUAAAAACAUCUAUACUAAUCGGAUAUUUAAAAACUUACAUGACAAAGAAGAUUAUCCAAAAGUUUCUUCAACAAAGUCGGUCCAAGCAGACAGGAAGAGUUUUUCAUUCCCAAGUGUGAGACACCAGGGAAGCCAAAAAUCGGAAGAUGUUCCGUCUUGGAUGACUAAGGGUAAAAAGACAGCAGGCAGCGUUGGUCAUCAAGAAAGGUCAGUGGAAAUGAUCCAGGCAAUUCCUCAAGGUAUCAGUAAACUUCCAAACCAAGAGGAUUCCAAGCAAAAAUAUGCAGAUUUAUCCAAGGAAGAGGGACAUGUAGAAAUACAGCCACCUCUGGAGAAUACUGGACGACAGAGAGAGAGAACAGAAGACCCAGAGAAGAUCAUUUUAAUGAAAGAAGAACGGGAACUACCACCAGAAAGAAUUCAAGUAGUCCAUCCUGAAGGGGAAGGUGGUCAGGAAGAUGAUACAGUAAAAGAAAAGUUUAAAAGUCCAGAAAUAAGUGACAUGGACGAAACGCCAGAUAAAAAUGCUCCUCCAAGUAUCAAAAUACCCUUCAGACAAAGAAAGCAUUAUUCAUUCACGAAAGCAACUGAAAACUUGCAUCACGGGCUUCCUGCAUCUGGUGGGCCAGCCAAUGCAGGCACCACGAGGUACACUCACAGCACAAGCAAGCACUGUACUCACACAGAAGAGCUGAGGCUGGAGCAUCCUGCUACAGCCUAUGAACCCUCUUUUGGUAAAUCUUCCAGAAAAGCAACAGACACAACUUUCACAGAGAAGAAAAGCAAUCUAAUGGCAGAACUCUUUGGAUCAGGCUAUGUCUUUAAAAAUAGCCGAACAAGUACUGCUGCUAUGAAAGGGUCUGAGGAGACUUUGCAGAGUAAGAAGACCCAUCAUCUAGCCCCUAGUCAGGUCUCCGCCAGCAAUGCUUUUGGAGAUUCUAAAGUUACUGUGGUAAAUUCUAUUAAGUCAUCUUCACCUACAGAAGGAAAGAGGAAAAUAAUUAUUUAAAUAUAAUCAAUAUCCUAAUCCAUUCUGGUCUGAUAUUCUGCCUUUAUGUCCCUUAAUCUUGUUUAAAUGUGAGUGAGUGAGUUGAGUGUGUGUUUUCAGUACUUAAAUGACCUGGAUAAUUAAGGUUUUGUUUUAUUGCUAAUCUAAUUUUAAAUUCCAUUGUAUAUUAUUAGUCAAUGACAUUUCAAAUACAAAACUACAUCUUUUUUUUUCCCUCCAACUGAAAUAUGUCCAUUAUAAUUUGGAAGAUUAUACAACUUCAAUAUUCUAUGGG